CGACCUUCUCGCAAGUGUGCAUGGGAGUUAGAGCUGCGCACAAGAAGCGCAGAGGUUGCUCGGCAACUAUUAAUAUAAAAUCGACAAAGAUUUCGGAUAUACCAACUUAGCAAGCAACAGAACUGUUUGCAGCAUGAGCCAUGUUUGUGGCAGGCCAACAUCAGAAAAGGUCCUAAAUGUUUCCCAGAAGCAACCACAGUGUCACCCAGCAAAAUCUCCGGCUACCGACUCCAAAUAUUUCCACCAUUGCAGUAAGUCACUUAGGCAGCACAAAUUAAAACGGCUCAGGACCCGCAAGGAGCGAAGUCAGAUGACUGUUGGUUGGAAACAGACCAGAUCAUGUCACCGACACUGCCGCUGCCAAAGCAAGAGAGAUGUGACACACUUCCAGAACUGCAGUCAUAACAGCUGUCACUUUGUUUCAAGAAGAAGCACUCCCGUCUUGAGUGCUGUGCCUACUGCUCAGGAGCCCAGCAUCAUCACUGACAGUCGCCUUAUAGGACGCCACGGUCUGUUCAGCCAUGAAAUAAAGUCUAUAGAUAUUGAACGCUUGCUCAGUGAGCAGAGCAAGCGUGAAAAGAGAGGGGAAAAAGUGAAGAAAAGGAACACUGAGACUUUGCAUCUGUCCCCAUCAUCUCAUGUUUCUGCUGCAGUGCCUGGGGAGGAUUUGGUUGGUGCUGAUGCUAACGGUGAGGCAUCGUUUAUAAACAGAGCAGACUCUCCUGAUAAGAUCCAAGAUGUCUUUGUAGAGACAGAAGAGAAAAAUCCUCAGUUUAUGGAUCAUGAAUCAGAUGUUACACCAGAACUGACACCACAGCAGCAGAAUAAUGCAUCAGCUGGAAAUCUAAAAAAUAAUACCUCACCUAAGCACAGCAGCCACGCUGUAGAAACCUUCAAGAACACCAACAAUGUUAUUUCUGAAAUGGACAAAGAGCCACAGCUGACUUCUGAUCGUGAGCCUCCUAGAAAGAACCAGGACAGCCAAACUCAGACAGAAAGUUGUAACCCAAAUUCACUUCUGGACUGCAGCUCAGCUGGUGAAACAUUCGACAUGCAGCAUGAAAAGCAGGAUUUUGAGAAUGUGUCAAAGUCUGUGAGAGCGCUGGCAGCACGUCUUUGUGAAUCCCUUCAAUUUCCACUGCUAAAGAAGAGGAACCUGCUGGAAGAGUGCAGGGAGCGGCUGCAGAAGUCCCUGCAGGAGACCCAUGGACCCUGGCUGCAAGAAAACCUCAGUGAAGUGCAGCAGUGCAUUAACCGGCAUCCCAAAAGAGCCGUGCAUGAGCACAGGGAGGCUUUGAUGGAGAAAAGCCAGCUUUCAUGUGCAGAAAAAUCAGUUGGACUGACUGAAAAUAAACAUUUUAACCUCCAGUGGCUGUCCAGUCCACAACCACAGCAGAGUCUGAAGCGGUCGGCUGAUUGGUUUGGAACUCCUACGAGUACCUUCAUGGAGCCUUUGGACGAAGCUCCCAGACUGCAGUUCUCCCCUCACUUCAACGUGGAUUUUGAGCCAUCUGGGAUCUUGGAAAGGGAUUUGUUUCCUCAUUCUCCCACCAUAUUUCAAAGAGAAACGGUUUCAACCUCCGAAGACUGGGAAUGUUGUUUCACCAAGUCAAGACGCCCAGAACCAUUUCAGUUUAACUGCUUUGAAAGUGGCUUUCUGAACCAAACCUUAGAGGCUAGAAAGGGAAGCUGUGAACUUGAACCCUGCGGCGGCGGCAUCCUUCCAAACCAAGCACCACUGUUGGAAGGGCAUGCAAGUGAGCCAGCGGUCUUCCCAGACCAUUUUGGAAUUGAUUCUUUCCCUGUCCACAUUUAUAGUCCUCCUCACAGCAGACACUCUCAGCCCUUACGGCGGUGCAGAGAGCCUCCGCCCUCUCCAGCGUUUCACUCCGAUCACACAGACAUGAAGCAUUAUCCUCCAUCUUACAUGCUUGAAAGAAGCCCAGAGCCUCCUCGUACCUCUUCUUUUCCAAGCCCUGAGCACUGGUCCUUUCCUCCCAUGAGACUGUACUAAACUGUGAUGGAGGGCCAUCUAGAGACAACUCUAUGAACAUUUUUUUUCUGUUUGUACCACAAACUCAAUGCUUGUUUUUGUUUUGCAAUUUACUUUAAACUGAAAUUAAAAACGAACAACACAA